UGUCCAGCAGAGGGCCCUGCCCAGCCCGUGGCCGGCGGGGUGGGAGGGAGCAGCUCGAGGCCACUGGAGCGGGCUGGCGACGCCAGACGCCUGACUGGGGGCGGACCAAGCAGCCAGCUGCCUCUUUUGAGUCCGCCGGGUGCCGGGUCCCCGGCCCUUACCUGCUUUCCGUGGAGCAGCUGCCUCCUGCUCGUCCGGCCAUGCGGUGGCUGUGGCCUCUGGCCAUCUCUCUUGCUGUGGUGUCGCCUGCGGGGCUGAGCAGAGUCUCUGGGGGUGCCCCCCUGCACCCCAGCAGGCGCAGAGCCGAGGCCCCUGAGCAGCAGAGCCGGCCCAAGAGAGGCACCGAGGACGAGGAGGCCAGGGGGGUGCAACAGUACGUGCCCGAGGAGUGGGCUGAGCGCCCCCCGCCCGUGCACCCCGCUGGCCUGCAGCCCACCAAGCCCUCGGCCACCAGCCCCAACCCAGAUGCGGAUGGGGGCACCCCGGGCAGCGGGUCGGAGCCACGGGGCAACCUGACGGGGACGCCGGGUCAGAGGCUGCAGAUCCAGAACCCCCUGUACCCCGUGACUGAGGGCUCCUACGGCGCCUACGCCACUGUGCUGCUGGCCCUGCUGGUGUUCGCUGUGGGCAUCGUGGGCAACCUGGCUGUCAUGUGCGUCGUGUGGCACAGCUACCACCUGAAGAGCGCCUGGAACUCCAUCCUCGCCAGCCUGGCCCUCUGGGACUUCCUGGUGCUUUUCUUCUGCCUCCCUGUUGUCAUCUUCAAUGAGCUCACCAAGCAGAGGCUGCUGGGGGACGUCUCCUGCCGCGCCGUGCCCUUUGUGGAGGUCUCCUCCUUGGGGGUCACCACCUUCAGCCUCUGCGCCCUGGGCAUCGACCGCUUCCACGUGGCCACCAGCACGCUGCCCAAGCUGCGGCCCAUCGAGCGGUGCCAAUCCAUCGUGGCCAAGCUGGCCGUCAUCUGGGUGGGCUCCAUGACACUGGCUGUCCCGGAGCUCCUGCUGUGGCAGCUGGUGCGGGAGUCGGCCCCCAGCAUGGGCACCGUGGACUCGUGCGUCAUGAAGCCCUCGGCCAGCCUGCCCGAGUCCCUGUACUCGCUGGUGAUGACCUAUCAGAACGCACGCAUGUGGUGGUUCUUCGGCUGCUACUUCUGCCUGCCCAUCCUCUUCGCGGUCACCUGCCAGCUGGUGACGUGGCGCGUGCGCGGCCCCCCGGGGAGGGAGCCACCGUGCCGGGCAGGCAAACACGAGCAAGGUGAGAGGCAGCUCAACAGCACCGUGGUGGGGCUGACCGUGGUCUACGCGCUCUGCACCCUCCCCGAGAACGUGUGCAACGUCGUGCUGGCCUACCUCUCCCCCGGGCUGACCCGCCAGACGCUGGACCUCCUGGGCCUCAUCCAGCAGUUCUCCGCCUUCUUCAAGGGGGCCGUCACCCCGAUUCUGCUGCUGUGUGUGUGCAGGCCGCUGGGCCAGGCCUUUCUGGACUGCUGCUGCUGCUGCUGCGAGGGCUGUGGGGGCGCCUCGGCUGCCAGCUCCAAUAGCAAGCUCAAGACGGAGAUGUCAUCGUCCAUCUACUUCCACAAGCCCAGGGAGUCGCCCCCGCUCCUGCCCCUGGGCACGCCUUGCUAAGGCCAGGCCCCACGGGAGGCCUGGGACAUGGGCAAGGGGGACAGCAGGGGGCGGCCACCCCAGCCUGUCCCGUGUUUCUGUCCCCAUUGGUCUGGCGAGGUGGACGGGUCCCUCCUGUUGCGGUCUGGGCAUGGCCAGGCCCCAACCCCAGCAGGCCCCCCUGUCCUCUUCCUGGUGGGCAGCAAAGCUUCUAGGUCCUUAGAAUUGCCCAGAAACUGUCCCAGCAGCUGGGAGCCAGAGCUCGCGCAGGUCUGCCCCACUGCCCAGCCCCACUGCCGCCUCUGCCUGGCGCCUGGCUCCACGGUCGCCGUGUCCCCGCUAGGCCUUAUCUCCCUGCCCCCACCAAUCCCAGGACGGGGGCUCCCGGGAGGCCAGCCGCCUUGGCUGUUCCCUGGACGCCUCCUCCUCCUGGUGCCGUGUCUUUCCGGGGGUUUCCCUCCCUCCUCCUCUGACCGACCCUGGGUCGUCCUAUCCUCACCCCCUUGUUAGGUGCCCCCCCACCCCCAUAGAAGGCCUUUUGAAAAACAAUAAACUAGGUGGAACUAC